GAGGGGGCUCAGGACCAGGGCCGCCCUGCCCCGCCCAGAUGGCUGGCCUCCCACCGGGCGGCUGCCUCCUGCGCUGCGCCCUCGGUUGCUGACGGCAGAGCUCGUGGCAGCGCCUCCCAGGGCACGGCCCGGUGCCCUCCGCGGGGGGGCCGCGGCCGCGCGGGGCCGUGCAGAGCGCCCGGGGACGGAGCCGCAAGCGCUGCCCUCGUCUUCCUCGCCGUCCUGCAAGGGCCGACCGCUCGCCGCAUGCAGGAGGAGGUCGAGCCGUGCGAGCGCGGGGCCCUGGAGACCACCGACGCGGAGCCGGGCCGCCGCGUGACCUGGACGCUGGAAGCUCCACCAGAGUGCGGCCGCGUGGCCAUGAGUCGGCGGCGAGCCCAGGAGGUCACCACCCACCAAACCACCCCAACCCAACCCGAAGGCUCA